GUGUCAUGCUCCCCUCUGUUUCCAGGAGAGAAGAGGAAGUUCCUGCCCCCCACUUCCCGGAAUAACCCCAAAUUUGAAGAAUUGCAAAAGGUGCGGCAACCUUCUCUGACCAUCUUUCUCUGGAGGAGUCUUUAUCUUCUUGGCAUGGGGACCGUGGGCCAUCCCCUCCCCAGCCUCAAGCUGGUGGGCGGCAGUCCCUCAGACUCCUGGGAGACCUGCUGAGUGGAAGGAUAUUUACCUGCACGAAAGGAUAUUUAUUGAGCGCUGACUGUGUGCCUUUCUGUACGGGACCCCAGCAAGGCUCAUGGCAGUUGAGAGAGGUGUGCUGUCACCUGCAUCCCAGGGGGCAGACAGCAAGGCUUGGAGGAGUGACCUGACCCAUGCGGAACACACGGUGGCCAGUGACAGAGCUAGGGUUGGACCCAGAUCACGGACCCCAAAUCUUGUGCUCCUUCUCUGGCUCAACUUGCCUGGGACAAUGGACGGCUGACCGAGUGGGUGGGAACACGUGCACCACCCAGUUCUUCUUGACUGUAAGCUGUGCAGAGGCCUGGGAUCUCCAUGUUCCUCUGCAGUAUUUCUCUAGUCUCCGUGGGGCCUUUCUGUCACCUCCUCCAAGGAGACCUCCUGGACUCCACCACCUCUGACCGCCCACCCAGAGGAUUUCUGGCCCAUUUUCCAUCCCUUUCUUCCUCCCUCCCAUUCUCUCGAUCCCUCCCUCCACGUUCCCCUCUCUCAGGCAGAGGGAAACUGGUGGGGUGCCGAUGUGUCAUCUUAGUUUUGGUCCCUCCAGAAGCUGAUCCUGAACUAAGGAUUCAAGUGAAAAUAGUGCUGAUGGACUGGAUCAAUGCUGAGCUCCUCCCGGAGCACAUCGUGGUCCGCAGCCUGGAGGAGGACAUUUUCGACGGGCUCAUCCUGCACCACCUUUUCCAGAAGCUGAGCGGACUCAAGCUUGACGUGGAGGAGAUCGCCUUGACCGCAGCCAGCCAGAGGCGCAAGCUCACAGCGGUCCUGGAGUCUGUGGACCAGAGCCUGCAGGUGGAGGAGCUGCAGGCCAAGUGGAGCGUGGAGAGUAUCUUCAGCAAGGACCUGCUGGCCACCCUGCAUCUCCUCGUGGCCCUGGCCAAGCGCUUCCAGCCCGACCUGCCCCUCCCGACCAACGUGCAGGUGGAGGUGAUCACCAUGGAGCGCACCAAGAGCGGCCUGAAGUCGGAGAAGUUGGUGGAGCAACUGACUGAGUGCGGCACAGACAAGGACCAACCAUCAAAGGACGUCUUUGAUGAAUUAUUUAAGCUGGCUCCAGAGAAGGUGAACGCUGUCAAAGAGGCCAUCGUGAAGUUCGUCAACCAGGAGCUGGACCGCCUGGGCCUGUCCGUGCAGAAUCUAGACACUCAGUUUGCAGAUGGCGUCAUCUUACUCUUGCUGAUUGGACAGUUGGAAGGCUUCUUCCUGCACUUGAAGGAAUUCUAUCUCACUCCCAGCUCUCCUGCGGAAAUGCUGCACAAUGUCACCCUGGCCCUGGAGCUGCUGAAGGAAGAAGGCCUCCUCAGCUACCCCGUCAACCCCGAAGACAUCGUGAACAAGGAUGCCAAGAGCACGCUGCGGAUCCUCUACAGCCUGUUUCGCAAGCACAAGCUGAAGGACAAGUCGGACGGGGGGCCCCAGAGGUCCCCAAAAUAAUCAUCACAGCCCCCCACAGCUGAUCCUCAGCUGGAGGGCCCUGGGCCGCAGAGGGGCUCCUUGUGGUCCAGCCAGCCCUGGGCCUCCCAAUCUUGUUCUGUGAGUCUGUGGCAUGCCCGCCCCGCCUCUGUCUCCUGUUUCCAUCCUUCUGAAUAUCUUUGAACCCAA